AUGGCCUUCGAUAGCUUCCGCCGCUACGACCCCGAACGCCCGUCGUACCGGUACUUUCCGAACCGCACGCGGACGCAGACGAUCUGGCUCUCCUGGGGCGUGCUCUUGGUGGGGGGACUCGUCGGCCUGGUCUUUCUUAAGUUCUCUGAAAAGCGCCAAGAAGACCUCGCCAAACACUACUCCGAGCUCGCACAGCAGGGCGGCGUCACACGCACGUGCAGCAGUCAGGUCUGGAACCAAAACAACUAUUUUCACAGCGUGCUGCAGAACGCUCGUCGCCGCGACCUGGGGCUCCCGACCCCGAGGCCGGUCCUUCAAAUUGAAGAAGAAGAAAAAUAA